UCAUCCCGCCCAAAAUGACCAGCUCAGAUUUGAUUUAUCAGUACAAAACGACCUGUAAUAAGCUUAAGAAAAUACAACGUGUAUUGAUUAAACGCUUUGGACCAAGUGUCUCGGAAGUAUCGGAGGAGUUCGGUACACUGGCGAACAGCUUCAACGAAGCAUUUCUCCCCGAAUAUGCCGCAAAAUGUUACAUCGGUCAAAGCAAGUGUGAAAAGCUUAUCGGUAACGAUGUAGGUGAAGUAGAUGCACUGCUCCGGGCUGCCCGCUCUUUCCGGGCCGCGCACGAUAAGCAGGAACGGAUGCGUGCGACAAACAUUUCGCACGCCUACCACGAAGGAGCGUUUCGUUGCUACACGCAAGCUCUUUCCAGGUUACCGGACAAAUCGGUUAUUGGAGCGGCCAUCAUCCGAGAGCUGAAGGAGAUCAAUCCAAAUGUUGAGCUGACGAGUGAUUUUAGCUCACCGUGUCAUCGAAUCUGGGAUCUGGAACAGUCGGCAGAGGGCAAUCUAGCUGCGCGCGAUUAUGUGGCCGCUUUUGAGAAGCUGUCGGAAAUUUACGAUGAUGUUAUCGAGCGCAAGUGUGAAUCGCUCUACCAGGAUGUGAUGAAACGGAUCGAAGUGUCCAGAUUGUUGUUGCUAUGUCUGCUGCAAUUGCCCCCGUCCGUGCGUUACGAUCAUAAGUUUAUCGAGAAGUAUUCCACCAUCGGGGAAGGCACUAGUCAACGCGAGUCGAGUCCUGGUCAGGCAAAGCUCCCGGAAGAUCUCGUAUUUCUUCUCCAGUCGCUUGUCGUUUCCUGCCAGGCAAAGGAUGUGGAAUCGUUGAUUUCGGUGCGCGAUGAACUAUGUCAAAGGCAAGAUCUGACACAGUCGCAGCAGACUCUACUAAAGGAAGUGGUCGCAAAGUAUAGCAAAUGAUAUUAGAUGCAUGCGAAGGUAUACUGUUUGGAGAGCUUGUUUUGCAUUUUAGUUUAAUAGCAUUGAAUGCACAUCAACACUGUACAUAGUGCAUA